UGCUCUGUCUCUUCGGGAGAGGAUGCGGAUGGAAGGACGGGGGAGGGAAGGGAUGAAGGGAAACGCCACGAGGAAAGAAAAUAGGAUAUGAUAAAGGGGCUUUUGCUAAGAGACCGUGAAGUGCAAGGUCGAAUAUGAGAGAUUGGUUGAGCGGGGCACUUUGCGUGGUAAUAGCUGGUCGGCAAUAGUACUAUGAUUUGGUAUGUGGCCACUCUGAUAGCAAGUGUAUUCAGCACCAGAGGAACGGCCGCUCAAGGUGCCCACGGAGUGAGAGAGGAGCCUCGGUUUGUGACGGCGCGCGCCGGAGAGAGCGUGAUCCUGGGGUGUGACGUGUCCCCUCCCCUGGAUGGCCAGCAGCCCCCCUAUGUGGUGGAGUGGUUCAAGUUUGGAGUGCCUAUUCCCUUCUUCAUCAACUUCCGCUUCUACCCUCCUCAUGUGGAUCCAGAGUACACUGCUGAAGCUAACCCGGCUAUCCCUGGCGGCAGCAAGACUGGUGAGCAGCAGCAUAUCACAACUUUUUUUCAUGCUCCGCUGGCUAACAGUUCUACCCGCUCCAAGGCAAUAGCUGACGCCAUCGCCUUCUUUAUCUGUAAAGAUAUCCAGCCGUACAGUGUCACGGAGAAUGAGGGCUUCCUACACCUCCUCCACAUUUUGGAGCCCAGGUACCAUGUACCAAAUAGGAGGUUCUUUACCGAGAAACAAAUCCCUGCUCUUUAUGACAAAGUGAGAAGAGAGUUAGUUGACUCGCUGAGUAAUGCCCAAAGAGUUGCAAUUACAGUUGAUGGCUGGACGUCUUGCGCCACUGACUCAUAUGUCACGGUCACAGCACACUAUAUUGAUGACGAGUGGGUAUUGCAAAACCAUGUUCUGCAGACCAGAGUGUUCAACGAAGCCCACACAGGAAAUAAUCUAGCAAUGUUACUGCAAGAAGUUUGCCGCGAGUGGAAAAUUGAAGACAAGAAUCCAGCGUUGGUCACAGGUAAUGCUAGAACUGGACUGGACUUUGAUGGUCGCUACACAUAUCUCCAAGACCUCCUCCACUAUGCCUCAGCACUGGAUCCCCGCAUCAAAGACCUGGCUUUCCUGGAUGACAAUGAAACUAAGGACAUGAUAUUCAUGAAGAUAACAGCAGAGGUGGUGAAGAUGGAUGGACAGUGCAAGUGA